AUGGUUUUUUACUUUACAAGCUCCGUGGCGGAUCGUCCUUACACUAUUUACAUGGGCAAGGAUAAGCACGAGAACGAGGAUUUGAUAAAGUAUGGCUGGCCUGAAGACAUCUGGUUUCAUGUUGACAAACUUUCGUCUGCCCACGUUUAUCUACGACUGCCAAAGGGACACACCAUAAAUGAGAUUCCAGCUGAAGUUCUAAUCGACUGUGCACAACUGGUGAAAAACAACAGCAUUCAAGGAUGUAAGAUGAACAACAUUAAUGUGGUCUACACGCCGUGGGCAAACCUGAAGAAGACCGGAGACAUGGACGUGGGGCAGAUCGGCUUCCACAAACACAAGGAGGUCAAACUCGUAACUGUGGAAAAGAAAGUGAAUGAAAUCGUGAACCGCUUGGAGAAAACCAAAGUGGAGAACUUCCCAGACCUGGCAGCGGAGAAAGAGUCGAGAGACCGAGAGGAGAGGAACGAGAAGAAGGCACAACUCCAGGAGCUGAAGAAGCAGGAGAAGGAGGAGCAGAUGAAGAGGAAGGAGAUGGAGGACCUCAGAAGUUACACGUCACUGAUGAAGUCUGAUAAUAUGCAAACAAAUGAGGACGGCUACGACUCGGACGACUUCAUGUAA